UCCGGACUGACUUGAGAUCUCGCACCUCGCGUAGUUUGACGCAUGCGCAGGUGCGUUUGAUUAAAGAUGGCGGCGGAUUGUAUAGCGGGAGAUGACGAGGAAAAUAUAUUAUACGAUUUGCUUAUUAACGCGGAAUGGCCACCGGAAACAGACACGCAGGCACGAGGAUCAAAAGAGCACAGUUCCGGGGUUCUAGCCAGGGCUGUUACAGGGCCUUUCAGAUUCUUCCUGCACUACCUUUGGUACAGCCCCACGAGUUCGUCUUUACCCCCUGCCCUGGUGAGCCUGGCAGCGAAGCAGACCAACUGGCAGCUAGUGCUAGCAAGUAAUGGGAAGCUCCUGGCAGUGGUUCAGGACCAGUAUGUGGAAAUAAGGUCCGCUCGAGACGACUUCGGGUCCGUCAUCGGGAAAUGUCAAGUACCGAAGGACUCGUCUCCUCAGUGGAGGAAGGUGGCGUGGAGUCACGACUGCGCUCUCCUGGCAUACGCUGACAGCACAGGAACCGUCAGAGUCUUCGACCUGAUGGGCAGCGAACUCUUCAUCAUUCCUCCAGCUGUGAGCUUUCCCGGAGAUUUCAGCUACGCUGCCGCUGGCUUGAUCUUCCUGGAGUACACGGCGAGCACCCAGUGGUCCGCAGAGCUUCUUGUGAUCACUUACAGCGGUCAGCUGAAGAGCUACCUGGUCAGUACCGGAACCAACCAGGGCUUCCAGGAAAGUCACACCUUCACGUUCUCCACCCACUACAGUGACGGCAUCACGGCAGCCAUCUACCACCCGGGGCACCGGUUGCUGCUGGUGGGGGGAUGCCGGUCGGACGUGGGCGUGGCUUCUCUUGCCGCUCGGUGCGGUGUCACGGCGUGGAGGGUGCUGUCGGGGGCACCUCAUUAUAAACAGGUCAUCAGCUACGAGGAGGAUGUUCUAGGGUCCCAGAAGAGAGGGCUUUUCCGAAUGCCGACGUUCCGACUCUUUUCCAGGCAAAACAACAGACAAGAUGGUGUCUUCAGGAUGAGUCUGUCUCCUGAUGGAGCCAUGUUGGCGGUGAUCCAUUUCUCGGGCGCUCUCAGCGUGUGGGACGUUCCAUCCUUGAAACAGAGGAGCAGCUGGAAGCAGGAGGAGCAGCCUGGCUAUGAGGAGAUUAAUCCCGAAUGGAAGACAUCACUCGAGAAGAGAAAGAAAAUCAGAGAUAAAGAGCAGUAUCAGUCUCUGAUGGAUGUGGGCUGGUGGAGCGAUCAGGCUCUAAUCCUGGCUCGCUGUUCCGGCUCUCUCACUGUCUCCUCCGUCCGUACUCUCACCAAUCUACUGGGAAAAUCCUGUGAAUGGUUCGAGCCUUCGCCCAGAGUCACCUCGGCUCACGACGGCGGCUUUCUCAGCUUGGAGUGCGAGACCAAACUGGCCCCGAAACGUUCGCGCCUGGAGAGCAGCGAGGAUGACGAUGUCGCCGCUGAGGAAGACUCAGACUCAGACGAGGAAUCGUCUGCGAAGGCGCGUUACUUUAGUUACGUGAAGCAAGGCCUGUACUACGUAACCGAGAUGGAGCGGUUCGCUCCUCCGAGGAAGAGACCACGCACCGUCCUAAAAAAUUACAGACUGCUCAGCUUGAGAUCUACGACGCCUGAGGAGCUCUACCAGAGGAAGAUUGAUAACGAGGAAUACGGAGAAGCGUUGUCUUUGGCCCAUGUCUAUGGCCUGGACUCAGAUCUGGUCUAUCAGAGGCAGUGGAGGAAGUCUUCAGUCAGUAUCGCCUCUAUACAGGACUAUCUGAGUAAGAUAAAGAAGCGUUCCUGGGUGCUACACGAGUGUGUGGAAAGAGUUCCUGAGAACGUAGACGCUGCCAAGGAGCUCCUACAGUACGGUCUGAAAGGAACUGAUCUAGAGGCCCUUAUCGCCAUCGGAGAAGGAGCCGACGGAGGGAGGUUCAUCUUACCUGGAGAUGUGGACCUGGACGACACUCUCUAUGAGGAUAUGGAGUCCGUGGAGGACGAAAUGGAGAGAAAGAGAGAGAGAGAAGUGAAGAAAAGGCAAGAUCUUCUCAAAAAAGUGGACUUCAGCAAGUUAACUCUGGAGCAGAAGGAGCUGUGUAGAAGCAGACUCAAGCUGCUGUGUUAUUUGGACCGACUCGCCACAUACGAGGAGAUUUUGGGUGGACCCCAUGCAGCAGAGGAGAGGUACGACUCUGAAUUCUUCAAAAAGUUCCGCUCUCAGAACAUCGUGCUUUCGGCAAGAACCUACGCCCGGGAGAGUAAUGUUCAGGCGCUGGAUAUUCUCUUCACUUAUCAUGGCUCGGAGUUGCUCCAGCAUCGACUCGCCAUCCUGUGCAACUUCUCAGAAACCACUUCUCCACAUGAGUACACUGCACUGCUGCCCGAGGCCUGUAAGGACGAGAUGUCCACUUUGGUGUUUAUCCCCUGGGAGGAGCAGAGACACAGAGAUCUGGACUGGUGUGAAGAUCCGCAGUGCAGGACCACGCUGGAGCCGUGCAUGGUCGAUGAUCCUCACUUCCUGUACGAGGAGCAGCCGGAGUUGGAGCGAUUUUGCACCCCGAGUCCAUCCAUCACACUCCUUACUGACUGGUACUUGAGUCGAGCUCAGGAGAUCGAGCACAACUCUCACCAGGUGGAUUGCGCGCUGUCUCUGGUGCGUCUGGGAAAGGAGCGGGAAAUCCCCGGGCUGGAGCUUCUGUGUGACGAUUUGGUUACCAUGGAGACCCUGGUGUACGAGACGUCUGGUGACCUGAGCCUCAGCCUGAGGGAGCUGCGGCAACUCGGGGACAUCGAGAAGCUCCACCUACUUAUGAAAAACUCGAGCGUGGAGAUGUACGUGAAGAACGUGUUCCAGUGGAUGGUGCCGUUUCUCCACCGCUGUGAAAGUCAGAAUGAGGGAUCGUCUACGAAGCUCCUGAGGGAAUACCUGGUGUCCAUCGCCAAGGAGGAUCUGACGCGGCCGCUUCUGAUCUUCCAGCAUUCCAAACCUGGCUGUCAGCAGAAGAUCAUUAGUGAUCCUGACCAGCUGAUGGCCGUGGCGUUGGAGUGUAUUUACAGCUGUGAACGAGACGACCAGCUCGCUCUCAGCUACGACAUCCUGGAGUGUCUGCCUCAGAGAGGAUACGGGCCGCAGUCUGAAACCACAAAAAUCCUUCACGACCAAGUGGACUCCCUGGAGAAACAUCUCAGUGUUGCUGAGGUCCUGGAGAAGCAUGGUCUACAGAAACCCAUCUCAUUCAUUAGAAACAGUCAGAACAGCAAAGAAGAGGCUCACCAACUGAUGGUCAAACUCACCCGCCAUACUGGACGCAAAAAUCCACCAGUGAGUGAGAGUGUGUGGAGAGAUCUACUGCAGGAUUUACUGGACAUGCAGAAGAACGUUUACACCUGUCUACAGCCCUCCACCUGCCACCAGGUGUUUGUGGAAAGUUUGCUGUGUUCAGGUCGAGAGGAGAACGUUCUCCUGGCAGGUCAGUUGAUGCAGUGCAGCUCCUCAGGUCCUGUUCCUCCUCUCGGCCCUGUGUUCCGUGUAAAAGCGUCCCGUGUCGCGUACGCACGCAGCGUGGAGCUCGCGCUCGACUCCGCCCGAGAAUACUUCAACUCCUCCUCCACACUCAACGACCCCUGCAUCAACCUCGCAAGAUCUUGUCUGCAGCUGAUCACAGAUUGUCCUCCUUCAAUCCAGGAAGAAUUAGACCUCAUCAGUGCUCUCUCUCGACUCGAGGAGUUCGGGGUGAAAGUCCUGCCUUUACAAGUGCGACUGCGUGAUGACCGUCUCUCGCUGAUAAAGGAGUGCGUCUCUCAGUGUUCCACAGCUUAUAAACAGUCCACUCUGCUGCUGGAGCUGGCCAGGCUUCUCCGGGUCUCAGGUGGUGAUGAAAGCCAGAGGAAGGGGCAAGUCCUUACAUUGUUGGCCGAACAGGCUCUACACACACAUGCCUACAAGGCCUCCUACAUCCACUGCCAGGACCUGAUGGCAGCAGGUUACAGUCAAGGUUGGGAUGUAUGUUCUCAGCUGGGUCAGUGCGAGAGCUACACUCAUCUCUCGGCUCGUCAGGAGCUCAUGGCAUUCGCUCUGACCCACUGUCCCCCUGCUAACAUCCAGAACCUUCUAGCAGCCUCCAGCUCUCUGCAGACUCAGAUUCUGUACCAGGCAGUAAACUACAAGAUGGACUCGUCCCAGGCCCAGGGAGCCGGCGCCGACCCGGAUCAGCAUGGUGGAGGUUCAGUCUCUCAGUCUUCAGCACUUCUCCAGCGAACCACCGCCCGCACCCUCGAGGUCCUGACUACCACCACCAUGAACACCAAGGCAGUGCUGAACACCAUCAGCGACUCACAGUGGUGGAAAGACUCCAUCAGCUAUCUCCGCCCCUUACACGGUCAGGAUUCACACAACGUCGGAUCGGCCAAUCAGAACGCUGGGCUGGAGAUGCAGGGCUGCAGCCCGUUCUACAAGGAACUGUUCGAGGAUCCGUAUGUCGACCUGAGGGAUGACGUGUACUCUUCUUAUGACUACGUCCCUCACGAGGACUUUGCAGAAGUUUUGCUCCAUACAGGAAAGUUAGCUGAGACCAGGAGUGAGGGAGAGCAGCUGUUUCCUGCCACUGAGGUUCUGCUCCAGUUGGCGAGUGAUGCUUUUCGGGACAUGACGCUGGCUUUGGCCUAUUUGCUCGCACUGCCUCAGGUGUUGGACGCAAACACGUGUUUUGAGAAGCAGCUUCCUUCAGCUCUGUCUCUCCAGCUGGCUGCGUAUUACUACUCCCUUCAGAUCUACUCCCGUCUGGUUCCCUGCUUCAAGAACAAGUGCAGCCCCUUGUACAGGGCCGAUCCCAAGGACCUGAUUCGCCUUGUGACGGAUCACGUGACCGAGCGUGAGGGCUGUGAUUGGGGGGAUGAGGAGCUGGAGGCUCUGAUUGGUCAGCUGCGUCUGUACAGCGAGCGUCUGAGGGACUUCACUCAGGCCCAGGUGCUGCGAGGCCUCGGACGAGGAGUGGACGUGCAGCGCUUCAGCAACGACCCUCACUACAAGAAAGAGACCAUCCUCGGCCUGGCUGAGACGUUAGAUGAGAGUGUGUAUGGGAUCUCUUGCUCCUUGGCUCAGCGUUACAGUAUCCUGUGGGAGGUUUAUAUGACACAUCUGGAGUUCCUCUUCACCGACAGUGGACUCUCCACUAAAGAGAUUGAGAGCCGCAGCGAGUCCUUGGGCCUUUUCCAGACGCUGAAGUCUGAACCCCAGGCUUUCUACACACACAUGAGCAAGUAUGUGUACCCAGGCAUCGCAGGUGUGGACCUGCAGCGUCUGCUCUACUACUACACACUUCUGGAGGGCUGCUCAUGCUCCAACUACCUUCCUUCAUCCACCAUGAGCCCCGACACACACGUCAAACUGCUGAAGAAGCUGAAGGCCGUCGCUAACGGUCUGGAUUAUAAAAAGCUGACCGACGAAGACUCGGACCCGCUCAGAGCCCUGGAGCCGGUUCUGAGCAGCCAGAACGUUCUGUCCAUCUCCAAACUGGCGUCUCGGAUUCCUCAGAAAGGCGGCGCUCUGACGGCCAGCGCCGUGCAUGCCGCGUGGCUUCCCAAGCUCUUCUGGCAGGGCGACGCCCACAUCCUCAAGAAUCCUCCUCAGACAGACGAGGCGUUCCUCCAUGCCUACGAUACCUGCGCCAAAUACUUCGAUCGACUCGUGCCUUCGGAUGUGGUUCACUUCCUGGAUUCCGUUACCUUUUCCCCAGAGGUGACCAAUCAGCUCUCUGUCGAAGUCAGGACGGAGAUCACCAGACGAGCUCUCAAGGCUCUGAAGAACAUCAGUGGAAAGAGCAGGAAAAGGGGCGGAGAUGACAAGGCUGAUGACCAUGCCUCAAAUUUUAGCCACGCCCUCUCUCACCUGCAGCAGAGUCUCAACCAUCUGGAGAUUUUAGUCCAACCUUUCCAUCUGUCCCUCAGAAACAGCAAGGAGAAGCGUCUGCAAGACUACAGUCGAGACUUCGACCUCUCCAGAUCGGAGGAGGUGAAAGUUCACCAGCUGGCUGUUACUAUGGCGCUGGACGGACAGGCGUUGGAUCAGAUCGCGGAGAUGCUGGCGGUCGCUGUGGGGACCAGCGGCCUAUCGGUGUGCGGCGUGGUGCAGGAGGCGGUGACUCGGAUCAUCUCCUCGCUCAGUGGUGACGACGCCAUCCUGAAGGAUCACGCCGACCCUCUGAAAGUUCUGGAAGGCAUCGUGAAGGCCGUGCAAGACGACGUGCAAACCGGGGGACAUGCGGUGUCAUCCGAGGACCUGUUGGCAUGGUUACGGCCAUUCUGUGGGGACGACUCGAAACCUGUGCGAGUGAGGAUCGAGGUGCUGCAGAUUCUGGAACAUUCAUUCAGCCUCAGCGAGCAGGACGUUCGUCUCCUGGUGCUGUUCAGGAGCCAAGCGGUGCUGAAAGCCUGCUGGCCUGGUCGAGAGUGCAUCAUGAGCGAUAUCGAGGAUGAGGCUCGGCGUCUCUCUCUCUUCCUGGAGCUGCUGGAGUCGAGUACGAAGUGGGAGGAGUUUCAGCACCUCAUGCUCCUCCUGCAGGCGUGGCCACCUGUGACUGACGAGGGCAGACUGGAGUCCGAGCAGAACCCGUGGGUGUGUGUGACGUCAGGUGUGCUCUCGCACUGCUCCACGUGGUCGAACAUCAGCCCCGGAUCUGAGAUCCUCGCCAUGUGCCGCUCGCUGUACACCACCAAGCACAAACUCAAUCCUCAGUGUAUAGGACACAUCUCUACCCUGCUGCUGAACAGUGGUCUCCAACUAGAGGCGUUAAAGCUGAUGGCCGAGAGCAAAGACGAGCAGCUCCUCGCUCGGACUCUGGAUCUAAUCAAAAACAUCACCUCUGUGAGUGAGCAGUGCUGUGAUGCGGAGAUGUUGACGCUGGUGUUGGAUGCAGGUGUGUUGGUGCAGUGUGUGAACUCGGCUCUGUAUCCGCUGCUCGUCUCCCACAUGCUGUGUGAAGGUUUGUGGGACGUGGACGCCGCGGCACGUGAGCUUCAUCAUGCAGGACACCACGCGCAGGCCGGGGCUUUACUGCUCGCCCACCGCGGGACUCAUCCGGCCCUCGCCACCUUCAACACCGCCGUGUCGGUCCUGCGCAGGUGGAUCUGAGGAACACGCAGAGGAACCAGAGAUGAUCUGUCCUCCCUCCCCUCCCACCGUUCCCCCUUCCCUCUCCUUCCCACCCCUUCCCUCUCCUUCUUUCCUCCUUCCCACCCCUUCCCUCUCCUCCCCUCUCCUCCUU